AUGGCCAAUACAUCCGUCUCGAAGGUGUCUGUCACGGUCACCUUCCAGAAGCCCGGCACCAGACCUCCUUUGUUCAUCGCCGGCACCUUUUCCGAUCCGCCCUGGGAACCCCAGGAAAUGCACCCCACAACUGACGACGGAGGCGAAUAUAUCUUUACCAAGUCCAUCCACUUGAGCCCCGGUGCCCAAGUUCAGUACAAACUUCGAGUUGGCCUUGGAGAUUGGUGGAUUCUGAAUGAAGUGACCCGGUACCCGCCAACAAACAAUAAUGUGGCAGUCUUCGACGAUUCCGGCAAUACAAACAACCUCCUCACCGCACCCCCGUUGCAAGAAGCCCCUAUUCAGCACACAAAGUCCGACACCCCUGCCGCGCCUGCUCCCGAAGUUGCCCCUAAACCGAAGGGCAUCUCCCGAGUACAAGAGCUCGACAAACAGCGGCAAUCGUCAACGCCCAUCGAGCAAGUGGCCGCCACAGCUGCCGAGGUCGCAGACACUGCCGAGAAAUUGGACGAAGACGAGGCGAUCGAAGAGAAGCAGAAUGGUGCCGAGGACGAAACUCCUCCCCUCCUUGCCCACGAAUGUUUGGGAAGUGUCGGCUCCUCCCCAAGCGAUGUAUCACCACUUGGUCGGUCCGAACAACGGCGUAGCCAUGGAAGCGUCGAUUACGACAUCGACAAGUACGAUCUUAACGACCCGACCCUGGAAAAAUGGCCGUCGGAUCGCAAUUCCAUCAUCGAGGCCCUUCGCAAGGUCGAGACAGGACUGACCGAAGAUCCAACCUGCUUUGUAGGGUCGCCAGUUUCACCUGGCGCGGGAGACCCGAGGAAGGCUAGCAUCGUCGAGGACCAGGGUGCACUCAGUACCAGUACGGAAUCCGGUAGCCCAGGUUCUGGGAAGAAGCUCGAUGUGCCUCGCAAGACGUCCGUUGUCUCACAUAAAUCGCGUAACUCCCAAGCCUCCCUAGCAGCCAUUGCGGAAGAAGGGGCUAAGGAGAGGGCCGGUGGCGGGAGUGAAGGCAAGACUGAGACGCCAGCGUUAAGGCCUCCGUCAUCAGUAGUCCACGUCCCCAGUCACGGUAUUACACCGGCUCCAGAUUCCGCCAAAGGCCUUUCAAGUGACGAGGAUGAAGCCGUGGUGAUGCAAGGCUCGGAGGCGAAAAUCAAAACCAAGGCUGCGGAGAACGACAAGGCCCAGGGCCCAAACACCAACGAGCUUCCGCCCGAGGAGAGCCAGGCUAGGUCAUUGGUCAAUGUAAGGGACACCAAUGAAGUCUCCACCUCGAGCCCCGGGGUGCCACCCCGGUCGCAAAGCCCCGGAAUCCAGGUCCAACCACCCGAUGAGAUGGAUGAAUUGGAAGACGCUGACGAGGCAGGUGCUACCGGUGGUCUAGUCACAUCCUCCGACCAAUUCGACGAGACGAGCGCGGAGAGGCUAGUAUCAAGGCAGGUCGGCGAACGCAAUGGACCAACUGAUCGUCCUGUUACACCGCAAUCCGUAUUCAGCACUAAGGGGGCUGGAGGGGGCAACUGGAUCCGAAACUUCUUCCGUGUCGUCUUCGUUGACUGGAUCGGCGCUUUCAUCAACCGAUUGUGGAGAGGGAAAUGGAGGUAA